AUGUCCAUGCCAAAAACCUCUAAAUUAUAUCAAUUUCUCAAUUACCGAAUGAGAAUAACGCUUCAAGAUGGAAGACAAAUUGUCGGUAAAUUCAUGGCCUUUGAUAAAUUCAUGAAUAUGGUCAUGGCUGAUUGUGAAGAAUUCCGAAAAAUCAUUCCCAAGAAUAACAAUGGUGAAGAAGUUGAACAGAAAAGAACACUAGGUUUUCUCUUAAUUCGUGGAGAGAAUAUUAUUUCAAUUAUUGUCGAAGGUCCACCACCAGCAGAAGAUUCCCGAGUGAAGUCCAUAUUAACCAAACAAGCUCAACAACAAUCAUCAACAACCAGCACAACAACUCCAAGAGGUGUCUCUGGUGCUACCGUUGGUGUUGCAAUGGCAGCUGCUCGUGGAAUGGCUCUAGGCCGUGGAGGUGUUGCAAUUCCUCAACAAACACCAUUGGUUACAGUUGGACUCGUGGCAGGACCAACUUUGGGCAUGACGCCAACUGUGGGAAUGACACCCGUACAAGGUGGAAUUGCACAAAUGUCUGCUGGAAGAGGAAUGGCAACCACAGGUGGUGGUAGAGGAAGAGGUUCAACCACACAAAAACAUGUGCACUUUUUGAAUCAUCUUAUAAUUUGA